AUGGCAAAAGUAAAGCAAAGUCGUGCCAAACAAGUAGAAGGCAAGAAAGAGGAGCCCAUAGAUGAAAGGGACAACAUUGGAUCCGAUGAAGAUGAAGAUGAUUAUGAUGAAGAAGAGGAUGAAGAUUAUGACCCAACCAAAAAGAAUGAAGACGAAAUAGGUGAAGUUGACGAAGAGGAUGAGGAAGAGGAGGAAGACAAACAAGAGAAAGUACCCGACUUUUCAGCAAUAGAAUCAAAUACUACACAAGUCCGUACUCGAGCACAACGAUUACAUGAAGAAAUAGAAACCUCAUCGCGAUAUAUUGGAAAUUUUGAAACGGAUAAUCGAGGAUUAGUUAAAGACACGGCACGAAUUGAUGUGGAUUCCAUAUUUGAAGAUUUGAAAAAUACCAAGCUGGCCAAGGAAAUAGCCGACGAAGAAGCCAAAAACAUUCAAAAUCAAUCAUCGCAAGAGCAGCAACAACAACAAGAACAACAAAAACAACAAUCUUCAGGACCCAAGAAAAUCAAAAUCGAAACCAAUUACACCUUCGCCGGUAAAUUAAUCACCGAAACCAAAUUAGUAGAUGAAGAUUCCCGAGAAGCACAAGCCUACCUCAGUUCAAUAAGCUCCAUCACAUCCUCAUCCACAUCCGAUAAACCCCAUCAAAGAACCCGAGUCAAAAUAUUCCGCAAGGAUCCAAAAUCAGGCGAAACUCUUGAAUUACAAAUCAAAUUAAAGCGUCCUUCAUUGAUUGAUAAAUUUCUUUUAAAUCAUAAUAAACGACAAAAAUUAUCUACAUUGGAGAAAUCAAGAUUAGAUUGGGCUAGUUUUGUGGAUAAAAGAAAUAUUGGCGAUGAAUUGAAGUUGCAUAAUAAGGCGGGAUAUUUGGAUAAACAAGAGUUUUUGGGAAGGGUGGAAUUGAUGCGGGAUUUACAAUAUCAGCAGGCAAAACAGGAGGAAAGGAAGAAACAAGCACAAUUGCAACAACAACAGAAGCUUGUAUAG